AUGGAUAACAGUGAGGAAAUGCGUCUCAAUGCUACACUUCAGGUUAGCAAUUUCCAAACGUCCUUGAAAGAGUUUGAAAAAUUGGUUGAACAAACAGCAGCCCAAAAAAGAGAUGAAAGAGCAGGCUUAUUUAUCCAAAAAGAAGAUGCAAUUGAUUAUGACAAGUUUUAUGCAUCAGUACAGGAACUCUUUGGUCCAGAAGUGAAGAAUCAAGAUGUGAAAUGCUUUUACAGGAAACUCUGCAACAACCCUCACGCGUCUAUAGACUGGUGUGAGAUCUUUGGAUACUUCUCCUCUGAAGAAGAUUACCUUGCUUCCCAACUGGAUGAAGAAAAUUUGGUUUUCCUUGUGUCUAGAAAACAGCGAGUUGUAAUUUCAGGUAGUAGAAGACGGGAUGUAAUUAAGUGCAUUGUCAAGAUUCCUCAAUUGGAUUUACUAUUAACAGCUACUCAGAAAGGAUCAAUAACAGUGUUUAAUAGCCAGGACACCUCCUGGAUUACAGGAUGUGACUACCUGUCACAGCUUAAACGGAUCGUUGCCACUACAGAAAGGACCAUUAUUGUCUGGGAUUAUAAAGCUCAAGGAAGCAGCCAGGACAACUAUUUUGUCAUAAAGCCUAUGGAUCACUGCCUCCUGUGUGUGUGUGUGGUGUCUCUGCCCGACCACCUUUGCCGAGACGACAUCAUCUUGGGGGAUGAUGGUGGUUUUGUGAAUAGAUUCACAGUAAAUAGUGAUGAUUUUGGACUAAAGCAGGCAAAAUCCAAAAAGAAAUCACAAGGUCAGGUCUUAGACUCAAAGACCUUUAAAAGUGUUAAAAGGAAGCUACAUAAUGACUGGGUUAUGAAAGUUAGAUAUAUUUCAGCCCUAAAUUGCUUUGGAUCCUGCUCUUUAGACAGUGUUCAUUCAUUGGUCUUGGAAUCCUUGAAGAGACUCGAGGAUAAUUUGCCUGUCAGAGAGUUUUCCAUGCCAAGAGGAGCAAACACGUUUUGCUACUGUCUUAAAGCAAAUGUGAUUGUUACUGGAGGAGAUGAUAAAGUCCUCCGAUUGUGGCACCCCAAUAUCAGCACCAAGCCAGUGGGGAAACUUUUGGGGCACAUGUUCAGUAUCACCGAGAUAGUGGCCAAUGAAAAAGAUCAACAUGUCAUCAGCCUUUCCUCUACAAAGGUUUUCAGGGUGUGGGAUAUACAGACUCUGUCACUAUUACAAGUCUUCCACGACAGCCAGGGAGGCCCAGGAGACAUGCAGAUUUAUUCUAUGAUAUUCGAUGCCAAUCACGGCAUGCUUGUUACAGGGUCUAAUGUGAUGGACAUGUAUCCGUUAACUAGAAUAAUACAAGAUACAAAACAGAUUCCUCACACGCAUGAACGAGAAAUCAAUGUCAUGCUUUAUAACAAACAUUUUCACCAAGUACUCACUAUCUGCUCUGAAUCCAUAAUUAAGGUAUGGGAACUUGAGACUGGUCUCCAAAUCUACCAGAUCUUAGACCCUCAUGGCUUGAAUGUUGAACUGACUUCUGCGGCUAUCAAUGAAAGUGGAUUUCUUUUUGCCACAGGAGCAUAUAAUGGAACAGUCAAAAUCUGGGACUUUGGCAGUGGGCAGGAAAUGAAAGUGCUGCCAGAGGGAAAAGACUGGAAGGAGGAAGAGCACUGGCUGCAACGCCUGAUUUUCCUCAAAUCCCAGGAGAAGCACCAGUACCUGGUCCUCGCCUUGGAACGCAAUGGAACCAUCAAAAUGAUCCAGGGCAAGGAAGAUGAUAUUUACCUCAUGGUGAUAUGGGAGCUGCCUGACGCUGUGCCUUUCCUGCGAGAUGGGAGUCACAUUGUGCGUCUGAAGAUGUCUCGUAGAGACAGGAACAUGGCUCUUCCUUUCCCAGAUGUCGAGUUAAUAGUUGAGAGAAAGUUUUCACCACACACUAAUAAUCCUGCCAUCGAUAUUGCAGUGAACUGCAUUGAUAUAUUACAAGUAGAAGGAUAUAAUUUGAUAGCCGCUGGAACCUUACAUGGUGUGAUCAUCUUAUGGAAUUUUGUAACGUCUACCGUCAAAGAAGUGUACCGACCUGAAGACUGCUUCACUGUGGACCCGGACUCGGAUCCCAAGCGCUUUAGAAUUAAUGACAUAAUGUUCCUCUUCCGUACCCCUGAAUGUGCAAGGAGAUCAAGUCAGGAUUCUGUUUGUUCUUCCUCCCAUUGUGAUUCUAGCAAGGGUCCCCAGAGUAGCAAGGGAAGCAAGCAAAGCAUACAUGACAGUGAGGUUAAAGGUGAGCAAGCAGAUGUCAUGGUGGGAGAGCAACAGCCAGUGGACAAAAAACAUCCAGGAGGUGUCAAUUUACCAGAAGCUCAGCCACCUAUCCUUGUCACUGCUCAUGAGGACGGACACCUCCGCUUGUGGACUAUGGAGGGAAGACUACUGAAAGACAUGCUACCCUUCACAAAACAUUCUGCCAUUUCUCUGACGUCGCUGUAUACUGAUUCAUGUACCAGGGUACUACUGGCUGGAAAUGUAGAAGGACACGUUAUCCUUUGCAGUAUUAGUUCUUUCCUGGAUCCACCUCAUGAUGAUAAGAAAUUCAAGCAGCUGCUUUCCUGGCGUGCUCAUUCUUUGCAAAUUACUCAAGUGAUCUAUGUGGAAGAAAAACAAGUGGUACUUACUGCCUCCAUUGAUGGCUCCGUGAGGCUCUGGCAUGCUCUCAAUGGUCAUUAUUGUGGAUAUUUGGGGCAGCGAAGGCUCUUUGAAUUAUCACAGACAACUGACUUCAUUUUGCCUUGUGAUGUUAGUGAAUACCCCAUAGAAAUAAAAGAAGAAAGCAAGUUCACAGAGAAGCAGCAAAAAUAUGAAUAUCCUUUGAUAUUUGACCGGGAAAGAUGGAAGAAUAUGAGCUCAAUGUCUUUACUGUUCAAACGUACACCUCGCAAAGCCUUUGAAGUGGAACAGGAUUUCAAGUUUUUCAAGUCUCUUUCUUCUCCCAAGAUUCGAAGACAUGCUCUGGAAGGUUUUAUGACUGAAAAUAGGGAGGCAGGGAUUGUUUUCGGUUCUCUGCCUAUAUAUAGGGUGGCAAGCCCCACUAGUCUACGAUUCCUUCCGCUCACUGGUUCAGAAGCACAAAGGGACUCUUCAGAUGGCAUCAUAGGAAAGAAGAAGGGAGGUCACGUUCAACAUGAAAGACCAUCACGAAGGAGAAGUUUUAAAAAAAAUUUACUCCCACAAAUAAAUCUGGCUUCUUCCUUCUUCCCGACCAUGCCCAAAUAAAGAGAAAAAUCACAAGUGGCUGCUACACAUAAAAUGGCAAAGUCUGGAUGAUACCCUGGUCUGGGUGAGAGGGAGAGUCCACCAGACACUGUUGGCCAUCUCCGUAUCCUCAGGCUACUGAUGGAGAAGCUUAGGAAGCUCUGGUGACCUCGACUCUGAACACCAAGCAAGCAGAAAGCAGCCAAUAGUUUAGGCAAUGUUUCUCGUUUACUGUGAGCAAAAUGACAUCAUAAGGAAACAAAUUAAAUCAAUAGCAUAAGUAGAUCUAAAAUAAUAUGGUUAUCGGUGAUUAGCUUUCUACCUCCUCCCAUCGUUCACCUUAAUCCAUAACCAGAAUUAUGAUCAGAACAGAUGCGGUAACUGGCAAAUCACUUAUGUGCCAUGCUGUGUAGUAUACACAGAGAAUUAUUGUUAAAAAGAAAAAUGCACCAG